AUGGCGAAGCGCACGAAGAAGGUCGGAGUCGUCGGUAAAUACGGCACUCGCUACGGCGCUUCUCUGAGGAAGCAGGUGAAGAAGAUCGAAUUGCAGCAGCACGCCAAGUAUUCCUGCCCCUUUUGCGGCAAGAUGGCGACGAAGCGCCAAGCCGUCGGGAUCUGGAAGUGCCGAGGAUGCUCGAAAGUGAUGACCGGAGGAGCCUGGACUCUUCAGACGGCAGCCGCAGCGACCGUGCGCUCCACAGUCGCUCGCCUGCGCAAGCAAAUCGGCGAGACCCAGACGGUGUGA